UUGUAGCACAAUGUUCUUGAUAGGAAGGGGUGCUGUAUUUAACAUUGAUACCACCACAACCAGGACAUCGGGCCGUCCAGGUGGGCACUCCUUGGCAAAGUGCAGUAGGAUACGCAAACCGUUCUUGUCAUAUGCAGUCACAGGAAGAGCACUGCCUGUUAGGGAAAGCAAGUGUGUGUUUGUGUUUUAAUGAUUUAUAUCUAUCUAAAUGGACAGACCAUUUUUCAAACCCAAAAGGGCCCUCAAAGCAGCAUACAGAAAGAAUAAAAAUACCAACCAACACCCCGCCACCCCAAGAGACAAUCUGCACAAGAAAAAAGCAAAUAACCACCAACAGGAUCUUAAGCAGCCGAGAAACAGGAGCAAAAUCAGUAGCAGAACCAGCAGAUCUCAUCAAAACUACACCAAGGCACAAGAAUUAAAUUGAAGUAAUGGGAGGAGUACACAGGCUUACCCCUUGAGGUGCUGGGAAGUUCACUAAAGAAGUUGCAAAGAACUGAUUCUGAACACUUUUGUUGCAUAGGUGCAGUAAUGCUGCCCUGCAACCUGGUCCCAAAAAGAAAAAGCUCACUCCAGGUUCAGAUACCCACAACUCCUUCCCUGAGAAAUUAACUGUACAAGGAUCCAUAGAUGUGAUCCUUGCCGAGGACUUGGCUAUAUUCUCAGUGAGGGAACCUGGAAUAUUGCACUGGAGUCUAAAACUCUGCACAAUGUGAGGCAAUUGUGCACACAUUUUCUUCAUUUCAGAAUUUCCUCUAAUGAUCAAAUGUUGACUUUUCAGAAAUAGUAGAGUGGUAAAAGGAGCACCGAGAAGGAAGAUUGCAUAGGUCAACAAAAACCUGAUCCCUAAGACAGACUAGAGCGUUUCAUGAGACAAAAACCCAUGCAGAAUUACGGCAGAGGCACGCCAAGUUAGAGGCACUACCUUGGCAUGGUUGUGCGGCUUGCGUGCUCUGAGGAAGGUGAGAGCUAUGCCAGAGGUCCAACCAUACUGGACAGGUCUCACCAGAGGAGCCAGACAAAGAGUGCCCCUCCCAUCAACAAUGUGGUGAGACGUAACUUUAAUAAAUCUAUACCGGAUCGGUCGUCACCCGGGUCAACAAGGACCGCGCCAGGUGCUGGAGUCCCUGGACAUCUGGUGGCAAGUGGGCAACAGGACUCAGGAUCUUCAGCUGAGCAACCAGGGCUGGAGUCUGCAAGGUUACUGGAAGAAACGUCGCUUAACCGAAAAAAAUAUACGAAAAACGCCAACAAGGAAAUAAUGAUCUGCUAUUACAAGUCUAGUCCAACUAGAAGAGAUUAUUUAAAAAGAAUGUACCAAAUUUGGAAAGAAAAGCAUCCAGAUACAGAAAUAACAGAACAAAGGCUAGCAGACCAGAGAAGAUUCAUAAUAAGAAAUAAAGUAUUCACAGGAGUUGAGCUGGAAGAACUGCAAAGAGCAACACAGGCUCAAGAUAUGGAAGAAGAAUUACCACCAACUGAAGAAGUUAUUCAGGCGCAGGUGGAGGAGGAGGUGUUGGAAAUAGAGGAUGCCACUGUUGCUGAACUGUUUCAAAAUCAAAACCAGGCAACCUCCCCUUUGCCUUCACCUCAAAAACCCGAAUGCCAUUUAACAAAAAAGCAACAAGAACUAAAGCAAAAAAUAACUGAGCACGUGAACCAAACAACCACCAGGGUUCGACUUCCAGCUCUAAAAACAGUUGCCAAAAAACAACUUGCUCAGGCAUUAAAAGAUGUCAGUGCUGCACUUGCAGAAAUAGCAACCAAUAACUUGCAAGAAACAAACCAACUAAUGUACAGUGCAGCAACAAUAACACAAGAGCUCGGAUAUAAGAUCAGUGGACCGGUAUAAAAAGAAAGUAGUACAUCACCUAAAUGGAAGAUUAGAUUAGAAAAAAUCUCCAGGCUUAGAUCAGAUGCUAGUAAAUUGAAAGAUAUGAAAGACAAGAAGCUGAAGAAUGAAAACACCAAACAGUAUCUGAUCCAAAAAUACCACCUAGAUUCAAGGAAAAUUAGAGAAGUCCUGGAAAUAAUAAAGCAGCAAAUAACAGCAGUGUCAAAGAAGAUACGAAGCCAGAGUUACACAACACAGGCAGAAUCUCCAAUUCCAGUCGAAUCAGAGACGUUUCUACCAAAGCAUAGAAGGAGAAACUGCAAGAAACAUAGAAACACCAAAGAAAGAAGAAACAGUGCAAUUCUGGGGGAAAUUAUGGGCCAAUCCAAUAGAUUAUAAUUUUAAAAAACCAGGCUGGGUGAAAGAGGUCGAAAAAUGUAACCAACAAAUGCAAGAACUAAUAACACCAGAAUUAAUAAGUGAAAGAGCAAAGAAUAUUAAAAAUUGGACUGCACCAGGCGACGAUGAACUGCAUGGCUUUUGGCUUAAACACCUAACGAGCCUUCAUAAACAACAAUCAAAACAGUUUAAUCACAUUUUGCAAGGAGGUGAUAUUGUUCAAACUCAAUGGUGGGAACACCAUACAAGCCAUAAACACCUCGGCUAUACCUGUUAUCAGAUACACUGAAGGAAUAAUAGACUGGACCCAGGCAGAGAUAGAGACGCUAGAUCGUAAGACCAGGAAAAUAAUGACCAUCACUCAUGCUCUGCACCCCAGCAGUGAUGUAGAUAGGCUAUACUUCCCUCGCAGCUCAGGUAGAAGAGGAAUGCUGCAAGUCAAGAGAGGAGAGCUGGUCUUGUGGUAGCAAGCAUGACUUGUCCCCUUAAGCUAAGCAGGGUCUGCCCUGGUUGCAUAUGAAAAGGAGACUAGAAGUGUGAGCACUGUAAGAUAUUCCCCUCGGGGAUGGAGCUGCUCUGAGAAGAGCAGAAAGUUUCAAGUUCCCUCCCUGGCUUCUCCAAGAUAGGGCUGAGAGAGAUUCUUGCCUGCAACCUUGGAGAAGCCGCUGCCAGUCUGUGAAGACACUACUGAGCUAGAUAGACUAAUGGUCUGACUCAGUAUAUGGCAGCUUCCUAUGUUCCUAAGUCCAUCAAAUAGUAGAGGAGGAGAAAAGAGGCCUUGCAGAAUAUAUAAAGGACAGUAAAGAAGAUGCACUUCAAAUGGUCAAUAACGAGAAACUAUUAAACACCAAUGAAACAAAGCAGGCCUACAAGAAAGAACAAGUCAAGAACUGAGCAGAAAAAUGGAAAAAUAAAGCGACGGCGUGGUCAAUAUUUGCAUAAUAUAACUGGAAAAUCAGACAUCACCAAGACCUGGCAAUGGCUUAAGAAUGGCAGCUUGAAGAAAGAAACAGAGGGUUUAAUACUGGCUGCACAAGAACAGGCACUAAGAACAAAUGCAAUAAGAGCAAAAGUCAAAAAGUCAACAACAUACAGCAAUUGCCGCCUUUGUAAAGAAGCAGAUGAAACCGUGGACCACCUAAUCAGCUGUUGUAAAAAGAUCACACAGACUGACUACAAACAAAGGCAUGACAAGGUAGCAGGGAUGAUACACUGGAACAUCUGCAAAAAAUACAAGCUACCUGUAGCCAAAAAUUGGUGGGACCAUAAAAUUGAAAAAGUUGAAGAAAAUGAAGAUGCAAAAAUAUUAUGGGACUUCCGACUACAAACAGACAAACAUCUGCCACACAAUACACCAGCUAUAACUGUAGUCGAGAAGAAAGAAAAACAAGUUAAAAUAAUCAACAUAGCAAUACCAGGGGAUAGCAGAAUAGAAGAAAAAGAAAGAAAAAAUCACCAAAUACAAAGAUCUACAAAUUAAAAUUGAAAGGCUGUGGCAGAAAAAGACCCAAAUAAUCCCAGUGGUAAUUGGCGCCCUGGGUGCAAUUCGAAAACAACUUGAAGAGCACCUCAACACCAUCGGGGCCACAGAAAUCACCAUCAGUCAAUUACAAAAAGCAACUUUACUGGGAACAGCCUAUAUUUUGCGACGAUAUCUAUAAUAACCAACAGUACUGAUGAUAAAAUUGAGCCAUCCCAGGUCCUUGGGAAGGACUCGAUGUCUGGAUAAAACAAACCAGUCAAUAACACCUGUCUGACUGUGUAAACAAGAAAUAAUAAUAUUUAUAUUCCGCCCUUCCAAAGGUGGCUCAGGACACUUUACAUUAAAAAUGUAUUCCUUUUUUCACAAAGAUUCACUUCUGAACCUUUAGUAAGCAUUGGCCAUCAAUUUGCAAGGCUUUCCCUGCAGUUAUGGGGGCUGGCAUCAUUGUCUUUUUCACACUAAAUAAAUGUUUACUUGGGUAGGGUGGUAGAUGGUGCAACCAUGCAGAUUUCUCAGAUCCUUGUGUCACACUAUUCCUCAAAGACUUGCUUCUGAAAAGCAGCCUGGGCAGUAAAAUGAAAGAAUGUAUCUAAUGUUCAAACUAUGAAAACAAAAGGGUUUUAAUGAAUUGAAAGACACAGUUCAGUAUCAAGGAGGAGUAUGUGAGGCUUACUGGGCUUAAUGGACUCCAGUGGAACAUGGACAUUGGCCAAGGAGAUCUCAGGGCCUUUCAGAGGACUUCCUUGCUGCUGGAAUGAGGCGGGCUGAAAGAGGGGGCUUCCGGACCCUGCAGUGCAGCUGCUUGGGUAUGGAAUCAUAGGGACUCCUGCAGCAGAUGUCAGAGAUGCAGAAGGAGCAGCAGGAAAUGCAACUCCCGCAUGGAACACAGAGGCGGUGAUAUUUGCUUGAGCUGAAGCCCUAGAAUUGAGAGGGGAACAAACAGAUUAAACUAUUAAACUAGAGAGUAAGUGAGUAUACAUAAACAAACAUAACUUCUCGAACGGAAAACCACAUGGCCCUGUGGUUGCCAGGAGUUGACACCGACUCCACGGCACAACUUUACUUUAAUGCCACCCUGUGCCUUCUUUCCCCUCCUCUUGCUUUUUAUAAUCCACCCAGACUGCGCAUAUUCCACUGAUCUCUUACAAGUAGCAACCCACCAAUGCCCUGUAUGCAGUACUUACAGCGUUGAAUGAAUACAAAAUGGAUUAUGAUUUAGCAGAGAGGCAAAGAACCAAUUUACCAACAUUCCUCCUUACAUUAUCCACAACAGUAUAGUAUUAAGACAGAACAGCAGUAGGAAAUGAAGUGAAGAGUCCAUGCCGUUGGUAGGUACUCUGAACUAUCCAGAUGAUGGUUUAUUCUAACAUUACCACAGAUUCUUACAGGUGAUAUUUCGGACUGUCCAGAUCACAUUCAACACACUGCUUAACCUUUUUGCACAAUUAGCUUGAAAAAUCUUGGAAUACCUGUGUCUUUCCAAACUACUUUUUCCCCCUAACACGAUCAUGGAAGCGGAAAAUCCUGCGUGAGAAGGAAAAGUAUGGACAGGCCACAGCGCAAGCUGCAGAGGAGUGGUGGUGACAGACGACUGAUGACCGAUUGUUCAGAAGAAGAAUACACUGCAAGUUUCCUUCACUUCCAAACCAGAGGGCACUUUUCUUCUGCUUCUCAUCCUGUGUGGUUCUCCCCUCCCCACCCCAAGCCAGUUGACAGAUAUUACAGUCUUUCACCCACCUUUA